AUGGAUAACUUAAUAAUUGCGAUGUUUGCACAAGAAGAUCGAGAUAAUACAAUGCUGAGGAUACGAAGAAGAUUACGAGAUGCCUCAGAUCUAUUUAAUGUGCCGGGAAGCGAAUUCUGCAGUCUUUACAGGUUACCUAAGGAAGUUGUUAUCAUGUUAAUUGAAAAUUUAGGGCCUUUACUACCAAACGCAAGACGACGUCAUGCAGUGCCUGUUGAAUUACAAGUAUCGGAUUAUGAGGGUAAGAUUUUAGCCACAAAUGUUGCUCAUGGUGGAAGAACACAUGAUGCCAGAGUUUGGAGAGCAUCUAUAUUAUCCAAUCAUAUGCAAGAGAUGUACGUUGCAGGACGAAAAGAUGCUUGGCUUUUAGGCGAUAGUGCUUACCCAUUGUUGCCAUAUUUGAUGACGCCUAAGCUGAAUGAACCUGAAGGCUCACCAUCAGCUAGGUACACGCAGUGUCAUAUCCGAGCUCGUUUUUGUGUGGAACGAUGUAUAGGAGUAUUAAAGGGAAGGUGGCGAUGUCUUAGAAAAGAGAGAAGUCUACAUUAUGCACCAGAAGUUGCAGCUCGGAUUGUUAAUGCUGCUUGCGUUUUGCAUAACGUUGCUGUUAAGUACAGAGUUCCAGAACCAGAUCUGUACUAUGAUGAAAUAGAUCAAGAGUUUCCAGAAGUAAUUCAUGACGCAGUAGAAAAUGGGCAUGAAGUUCGUGAACGAAUUAUCAACACAUAUUUCCAAAAUGGUUAA